AACUCAAGUACAACGGAAAAGUUAACAAGGUACGGAACAGUAAAGAAUUUUUGAUUUUCAGAGCGGACAUUGAAUUUUCAGCAAGCAAAUAUGAGAGAAAUUGUUCACAUUCAAGCCGGCCAGUGCGGUAAUCAGAUUGGUGCUAAAUUUUGGGAAGUUAUCUCGGAUGAGCAUGGUAUUGAUCCAACUGGAACCUAUCAUGGAGAUUCUGAUCUCCAAUUGGAAAGAAUUAGUGUCUACUACAAUGCUGCUUCAGGGGGAAAGUAUGUCCCUAGAGCCGUGCUAGUUGAUUUAGAACCGGGCACAAUGGAUUCAGUGAGGUCAGGUCCUUUUGGACAGAUUUUCAGGCCAGACAAUUUUGUGUUUGGUCAAAGUGGUGCUGGUAACAACUGGGCUAAAGGCCAUUACACAGAAGGGGCUGAACUUGUGGAUUCAGUUUUAGAUGUUGUCAGAAAAGAAUCAGAAAGCUGUGACUGCCUCCAAGGCUUCCAAAUGACUCACUCCCUGGGCGGCGGGACUGGUUCUGGCAUGGGUACCUUGCUGAUCUCAAAAAUAAGAGAAGAAUAUCCAGACAGAAUAAUGAACACUUUUUCCGUUGUUCCUUCACCUAAAGUUUCUGACACAGUUGUUGAACCUUACAAUGCAACUCUAUCAGUUCACCAGUUGGUUGAAAACACAGAUGAGACAUAUUGCAUAGACAAUGAAGCCCUCUAUGAUAUAUGCUUCAGAACAUUGAAAUUGUCAACUCCUACUUACGGUGAUCUGAAUCAUCUAGUUUCAGCCACAAUGUCUGGUGUUACAACGUGUCUCAGGUUUCCUGGUCAAUUAAAUGCGGAUCUUAGAAAAUUAGCCGUUAACAUGGUUCCAUUUCCUCGUCUUCACUUUUUCAUGCCAGGUUUUGCUCCACUCACGUCACGAGGUAGCCAGCAAUACAGAGCGUUAAGUGUGCCUGAGCUAACACAACAAAUGUUUGAUUCAAAAAAUAUGAUGGCCGCCUGUGAUCCUCGCCAUGGACGCUACUUGACCGUUGCUGCCAUCUUCAGAGGAAGAAUGUCUAUGAAGGAAGUUGAUGAACAAAUGCUGAACAUCCAAAACAAAAAUAGCAGCUUUUUUGUGGAAUGGAUUCCUAACAAUGUUAAGACAGCUGUUUGUGAUAUACCUCCAAAAGGCUUAAAAAUGUCAGCCACCUUCAUUGGCAACUCGACAGCCAUCCAGGAAUUGUUCAAACGUAUUUCUGAGCAGUUCACGGCCAUGUUUCGUCGAAAAGCUUUCUUGCAUUGGUACACUGGGGAGGGUAUGGAUGAGAUGGAGUUCACAGAGGCGGAAUCUAACAUGAAUGAUUUGGUUUCCGAGUACCAGCAGUAUCAGGAGGCGACUAUUGAAGAGGAAGGUGACUACGAAGAAGAAGAAACUGCAGAAAAUGCAUAAACCAUUUUGCGCUCAUUUUGUGAGCUCAAUUUAGUAUUUUUUUAAUAAAACUAAAAUUUAUAUUAAUUCCGUCUCUUUAUUAUGAUAAGCAUUUCACGCCAUGUGUUCAUUCUUGAACCUUUCAAUAGUAUUUUAAAUUUUGUAUUCGUUGCUGAGGGGCCAUUUUAAUUGUUUAAAAAUAUUUAUAAAAAUGUUUAUUUUGAAAACUUAAACUAUUUGACGAUAGUCUCCAGUUAGUGUUAUUUCAUAAAUUCCUUCUACCUUGGUGUAAAACAUUUAUUAAAAAAAUAU